AUGAUUGACCUGGGCCAACUAUCCUAUUUCCUUGGCAUUGAAUUCAAGGAAACUGAAGUAGGUGUGAUGAUGCAUCAAAGUAAAUACGCAGCUGACUUGCUUGUGAAGUUUCAGAUGAGCAAUUGCAAUCCAGUUGCAGCUCCAACUGAAAUUGGACUAUUGAUGAGCUUGAAUAAUGAAGGAGAACUAGCAGAUGCUACUUUGUACAAACAAAUAGUUGGCUCACUCAGGUAUUUGUGUAAUACAAGACCUAACAUAGCUUAUAGUGUUGGCACUAUAAGCAGGUUUAUGAAGGCACCUAAGAUUUGUCAUGAUGGCUGCAAAGAGGAUCUUAAGAUAUGUGAAGGGCACAACUGA